CCCGACUUCUUUUUGCAUAAAAUGAUUAAUGGGAGGACUCAGCUACUGUCCUGCUUUUGAGAACAAUGGCCACACCUGUUCGGGCCAUUGUAUGCUUAUGCUGUGCUCUGUUGGGCAAUGGAAUCGGAGCUGAACUCGAAGCAGCACGGAGCAGAUCCAUCACAACUUCAAGAGAGCAACCUUACAGAACCUCCUAUCACUUCCAAUCUCCGCGGAAUUGGUUGAACGGUAUGAAGUCCAUCAAUAUCGCCUCUAAUCUGUUCAUUCCUUCUUUGGUGUUUAAUCAAACCUUUUUUCUCUCUCUUUUUCUUUUUUGUGCUGAUGCUGUUACGAGACAUGUUCUUAAUCUGAUCGUGGAGAGCGCAAACGGGUGUUUUUUUUUCCUGCAGAUCCUAAUGGUCUUAUGUAUUACAAAGGGGUUUACCACUUGUUCUACCAGUACAAUCCUCACAGCACCCUCUUUAGCGACGGUAUGGUAUGGGCGCAUUCGGUUUCAUAUGAUCUAGUUAACUGGGUUCACCUUAAUCACGCCCUUGAGCCAAGCGAACCGUUCGACGUCACCAGUUGCUGGUCAGGUUCUGCUACGAUCCUUCCAGGGAAUAGACCGGUUAUUUUGUAUACCGGAAUAGAGGCAAAUUAUCGUCAAGUGCAAAACUUGGCGAUUCCGAAGAACGAGUCUGAUCCCUUCCUACAAGAAUGGGUCAAGUUCUCUCGGAAUCCGAUUAUUGUUCCUCCCGAAGGAAUCGAACCGGACAAUUUCCGAGACCCAACGACUGCCUGGCAGGGUCCAGAUGGUAAAUGGAGGAUGAUAGUUGGAAGCUGGAAGGACGAUAAAGGAAUGGCAAUUCUUUAUCAAAGUGAUGACUUCUUCAACUGGUCAAAAUCAGAGCAUCCUCUUUUCACAUCGAGCAAAACCGGCAUGUGGGAGUGCCUGGACUUUUUUCCGGUAUCCACGGAUAGCAUGAAUGGCGUGGACACAUUGACCCUGAACCCAAGCACUAGGCAUGUGAUGAAGGCAAGCUUCAAUAGUCAUGACUAUUAUGUGCUAGGCACUUAUGAUCUUGAGCUGGAAACGUUUUUACCAGAUGAUGACCUUACGGGAGCUAGUCUGGACUUAAGAUUGGACUAUGGGAAGUAUUAUGCUUCGAAAUCAUUCUUUGACAGUGCGAAGAACCGAAGAAUACUGUUUGGAUGGGUUAACGAGUCGGAUAGUACAGAGGAUGACAUAGCAAAAGGUUGGUCUGGACUUCAGGCAUUUCCAAGAGAAAUUUGGCUAGACAGAAGUGGAAAGCAACUGAUACAGCAGCCUGUUGAGGAAAUUAAAACUUUGCGUGACAAAAAUGUUGGUGUUAAGUCUCUGGAACUCGACAAUGGUUCAACUUAUGAAGUUUCAGAUAUCACUGCUUCACAGGUGGAUGUUGAAGUUGCCUUUGAAUUGCCCAAAUUGGAAGAUGCUGAGCUCAUGGAUCCAAAUUGGCUCGACCCCCAAAUCCUGUGUAGUGAAAAGAAUGCAUCGGUUAGGGGCAAGUAUGGACCGUUUGGUUUGUUAGCUUUGGCGACGGAGGAUUUGAGAGAACAAACGGCAAUAUUCUUUAGAGUAUUCAGAGGCCAUAACAAAUACAUUGUCCUGAUGUGUAGUGAUCAAAGCAGGUCUUCGUUGAGGAACGAGAUCGAUAAGACCACAUAUGGAGCUUUCCUCGACGUAGAUCCCCAAGUUGAGAAGAUUUCCUUGAGAACCUUGAUAGAUCACUCUAUUAUUGAGAGCUUUGGUGGGGAAGGAAAAGUAUGCAUCACUAGUAGGGUGUAUCCAGUGCUGGCUAUUGACAAAGCGGCUCGCUUGUAUACUUUCAAUUAUGGAACUCUUAGUGUACGAGUCGAGAGACUGGAUGCGUGGAGUAUGAGGAAAGCCCGUAUUGGUCAUGGAGAAAGUUUGAGCUAUGGAGAAUCAUUGGCACUUCAGUGCGAGAACCUCUCAUUUUGCGGAUCCGAGGAGGGUUGAUCCUGUGGAGGGUUGCCGCUACAUUGUGAGGAAUCUGCUUCUGCAAUUUGAAAUGCUCAAAGCAAGACUGAUUCUAGUGUUUCAUCCAUGUUUUCCCUCCACACGUAAUAGAGCGCCAUGAGACGUAUCCGCAGAAUCGCUGCAUUAUUUCCUGACUGCGUAGAAAUCUAAAUCAAUAAAAAAUUGUACCAUUCAGAGUUUUUUGUAAUCCUGAUUGAAUAUGAAUGGUAUGCUUCUGCAAAAUAGUCCUUCUCUGCCUCUUUUUUAUUUUUUCCUGGGAAAAAAAACCUUACUAGUUGAAUGGCUGACACCCCACAUGAGCUCCAGGAGAAGCAGUAUAAUAAUUUAUCUGAAUCACUGUUGGCCCUCGAGCUGCUAAAUGGGUCACAAUGAUCUUAUAAGUCUCCAUUCUCAACACAUAAUUUUAAUUUGUCUAAUCAAUCACGAGGCUCAUUAUGAUGCAUAAUCUAAGAGCUUAAAACAUACUACGCAAAACGACAAACAAGAUAAACUUAAACUUUGCUCACUGAAAAGCAUCCCUUAAACUUGGACUUUGUCAGGUAGAGUCUGGCUUCAGUAAUCUAUUCAUAAACUGUUUUUUAAUUGCUUGCUUGAUUGAUAGUCUUUGGUCUUUCUCCAGAAAAUACAACCAAUCUCCAUGUGCAUUAUUCCCAAGUUGGCAUUGAAUUUUCACACUUCCCUAAGUAUUAGA